AUGACAUCCCGCCUCGUCCUCGUCAUUGGAGACCUCCACAUCCCAGACCGCGCCCUCGACAUCCCCGCAAAGUUCAAGAAACUCCUCACCCCCGGAAAAAUCGGCCAGACGCUGUGCCUCGGAAACCUGACCGACAAGCCCACCUACGAGUACCUGCGCUCCAUCGCACCGGAUCUAAAAAUCGUAAAGGGAAAGUUCGAUGCAGAUGCGACCUCUUUACCGCUCUCUCAAGUCGUUACACAUGGGAGUCUGAGGAUAGGCUUCCUGGAAGGCUUCACGAUGGUGGCGCCGAUGGAGACGGAUCUCAUGCUCGCGGAGGCGAAUAAGCUGGACGUGGAUGUGCUGUGUUGGGGCGGUACACACAGGUUCGAUGCGUAUGAGUACGAGAACAAGUUCUUUGUGAAUCCGGGUAGUGCGACGGGUGCGUUUACGACGGGAUGGGUGGGCGAGGGAGAGGAGAUGGUGCCGAGUUUUUGUUUGAUGGAUGUGCAGGGAAUUGGCUUGACGCUUUAUGUCUACCAGUUGAAGAAGAAUGCCGAAGGGGUUGAGAGCGUGAACGUGGAGAAGAUCACUUAUACAAAGGUUGUCGGCGGUGGAUCAUGA